AUGGUCAGAAGAAUUCUGGAAAAAAUUGAUGGUAUAAGUAGAAAAAAGGACAAUAACGGUUGGACUCCACUUCACUUGGCUGCAUACUUCGGCUUUCCAAGCAUGGUUGAGCAGUUGUUGGAUAAAGAUAGAGAAGUAGCAUACAUGAAAGACACAAAGAGUAUGACACCUCUUCAUAUUGCAGCUCAACAUGGUAAUUAUUUGGCAAUGAAGGUGAUUGUAGAAAGGUGUCCAGAUUGUUGCGAACUGGUUGAUAACAGAGGUUGGAAUGUACUCCAUUUUGCUAUCAAAGGAAGGAGGAGUUAUAAGCUAAACACUAUCGUGGAUAUUAUAAUAGAAAAUUGGUCUUUCAGUAACCUUUUGAAUGAGAAGAAUGCCGAUGGGGAUACACCUCUUCAUUUCUAUGCCACUACUUCUUCGGAAUCAUUAUUAAAGUUAAAGAAGUUCGUUAGUCACCCUCGACUCGACGAGAUGGCCUUCAACAAACAACACCUCAACGCGUGGGAUAUCUCUGCCGCAACUGAAAAACGUUCAUGGACAGAGAGGUCUAUAAUUCAGCGUGAAUUGCAUGGACUACCUCAACGAGUAAUAACUUUUGAGGAUGAGGACAAGGGUGGAGACAAGAUAGAUGAAGAUUCGAUAUCUUUGUUGCGGAACGCAUCCGAAGCCCAUUUGGUAGUAGCUACACUGAUUACAACCGUGACAUUUGCAGCAUGUAUUACCAUGCCUGGGGGUUUCGCGGGUAGUGGAGAAGGUUCACACCCAGGCUCUGCACUUCUAAAAAAAAAUACUGCUUUCAAAGCAUUCGUUAUCAUAGAUACUUUAUCCAUGGUGUUGUCAAGUUCUGCCGUCUUUAUUCACCUAGUGACGCCAUUUUUUUUUGGCAAAAAUUCCAAUAAAAAACAUGGCCUGUAUCUUGUCGUGCUGGCCUACCAACUCAUUUUGGGGGCCAUGAUAACAAUGGUACUAGCAUUUGUCACAGGCACAUAUGCUGUGUUAAUGCAUUCCUUGGAUCUUGCCAUUGCCAACUGUAUCAUUGGCCUAACUUUCUUCGUUAUCCUCUUCCUUGUGUUUAAAAAAUUGACAAAGGAUGCGAUGAAGCGAUAACUAACAUGUAAAAGAAGAGAUCAAGGAUGUUUCAUUCAGAUGCGAUAUCUGAUCGACAAUCAUAUUAAGUGAGAAGUGUAGUCUGAAUGAGUUUUCUUGUUACUUAAUUUGGCAUGUUACGAAUUGAUGAUCCAUGUAUAAUACCUUACAUUC